AUGCUGCUCCACUGGCUAGCCAACAACAUUCACACUGACAACAACGGCAACAUGAGACUCAAUUUCAACCCAACUAGGGGAGACUAUGGCUUUAAUUUCUAUGGAAACGCUGACAGACCCCGCCCAUUACCUUUUCUGCCCUCUGAAAGUGGUAGUUACUACUCAUUAGGGAAUAUUGAUGGAAAUUACAACUAUAAUGGCGCUACGGCACUUCCUGAUUAUGUCACUCAAAGCUUCUACAACUCAUGGUUACCUGAGAGAAACAGGGACAGAGUCAUUAUCAGAGUUAGGGAGGAAGGAUCCAAUCAGUUCAUAGUAGAUGAGGUCUACAUCACUCAGCAUUACCCACCAAAUGAAAACAGAGGAAGUGUCUAUGAUCCAGACAAUACAUACCCUGUCAGUUUCAGCCUCUUAACACAAAUCCAAGUUCUCCCAACCAUUACACGAGAUGUAAUUCAACGUAUACACAAUGUAGAGAUCAACGACAACAGUGUGGAGAACAUCUGGGGACACACACCUGGGCUGGCACUUCUUUUGGCAAUUGCAUUGUACUUGACACGUCCCAAGGUCUCAUUCAUACAGCAAGUGUUUAUUACCAUGGAAAGCCAGCAUCACAUGCAGGAUUUUUUUUUUUAUUUAUUUUAUUUCACCUUUAUUUAA